CCUCCCCCGCGGCGGCCUCCUCCUCGCCUCGCCACCCCCCCGCCUUUUUUGCUUUUAGUUUUGGCUUUUUAUUUCGCCCCCAUUUCCGUCGCCCCCUUUUGCUUCCCCUCCUCGCCUCGCGACCUCCGCUUCGGUCGUCGUCGCUUGCUGCCGCUGUGGGUUUGGGGGAUUUAUUCGGUGGAGCGGGGAUUUUUCGGAGGAAUAUUUGGGGAUUUUGGGUUUAUUUUUGGGGGGAUUUUUGGUGGGAAAAUUUGUUUUUUUGACGGGGGGUGUUAAGGAGGAGGAGGAGGGGACUAGGGGAGGAGAUGGGGCGGCUAGCGUGUGUGAGCUCCAAUGACGAGUGCUCGUGGCGGGAAGCUUAGGGCUAAGAGGAGGUCGACGCGUGUGGGGUGCUGCGUCUGCGUGCAUGGAGGCCAAGUCGGGGGAACCGAGUGCCGCGCCGUCGCCUGCGCCUAUGGCGGCAGCGGCAGCGGCGGCGCCAGUAGUUACGGCGGCACCGGAGGCGACGGUGAGCUUCCAGUCGCCGGCGCCGUCAGCGGCGGUGGAGAAGGGUAGCUCGAGCGGCGUGUUGGUGUCGCCUCCUGCCACGGGGCCACCACCGCCGGCUGCGGGGCCGGCGGCGGCGGGAGUGGGCGGCGCGCUGGCGCUGGGCCCGGUGGCGAUGAAGGUGCCGAAGAAGCGCGGGAGGCCGCGCAAGUACGGGCCGGACGGGAGCCUGAUCCGGCCGCUCAACGCCACGCCGAUCUCGGCGUCGGCGCCCAUGGCGGCGGCCGUGGCGGCGGGGCAGUACACGCCCGCCUCCGCGGUCGGCGCCGCUAUGAAGCGCGGGAGGGGCCGGCCCCUCGACUUCGCCGCGGCGGCGGCGGCGGGCAAGCAGCACCAGCAUCACCAGCUCCACCACCACCACCAGCCGUUCGGCUUCCACUUCGACUCGAUCGGUGACAUGGUGGCUUGUUCUGCUGGUGCAAAUUUCACUCCACAUAUAAUUACUGUCGCCCCUGGUGAGGAUGUGACAAUGAAGGUUAUAUCGUUUUCACAACAAGGACCACGGGCUAUAUGUAUUCUCUCUGCCAAUGGCGUGAUAUCAAAUGUUACACUCCGUCAGCCUGAUUCUUCUGGUGGCACAUUGACUUAUGAGGGACGCUUUGAGUUGCUGUCCUUGUCUGGGUCCUUCAUGCCAACCGAAAAUAGUGGAACACGAAGUCGAUCUGGUGGGAUGAGUGUGUCUCUCGCCAGCCCAGACGGUCGUGUCGUCGGUGGUGGAGUUGCCGGGCUCCUGGUGGCAGCAAGCCCUGUUCAGAUUGUCGUGGGGAGCUUCCUGCCAAGCUAUCAGCUGGAGCAGAAGCACAAGAAGCCGCGGGUGGACCCGGCACCCACCCUCCCCCAGACCCCUCCCGCCAUUCCAAUCUCAAGCGUGGACACCCACAGCGGCGAGCAAGGGCAGCACAGCUCCGCGGCCCAUCAGAGAACAGUGAACGUCGUGACCUCAGCGUACGGAGCGGACCAGAGCUGGGCGUCCCCCGCCCAGCCCACACCCGAGGCGUCCAGGACGCCGUCAGGCGAUCAGAAGACGACCGCCUCUGGAUCCUGAACCUGAAACGUCCAGCCAGAGUUGCACACUGACCGGGAGUGGAGUUCUCUGCUGACAUCGCGGUGGAAGAUAGAUGGGUUCAUUCGUUCCUGACUUGUAAAAGGUGUGCCUGCAGAUCUCGCACUAGGUUUAAUUGGGCUAUAUCAGGCAGUUUAAUUGGGCUAUAAUCAGGCAGGAGAGUCUAACUGCAUUCGCUGUAGCUGCGCGACACUAGUUGUACCCUACCCUACGGUUUUGUAACACCUUUGUCCGAGAGAGAGGAGUGUGUGUAGUUAAAGUUUGUGUGCUAGCGGCGUGCCUUAGGCGUCCUUAUUAAUUCUUGUGUUGGAUUUGUUUACAUGUUGGAUGAUCCCUUAAAAUUUAGCAGUAGAAAUUGUCUACCUCACUGUUUGAUGA